AUGUUUUCCACACUCAUAGGCCAUACCCGAACCCUACCCCCUCGAGGGGAGUUAGAGGGGUGCGUUUCAGACGAUGUCGAAGACUUUGAUCAUACACCUCCUCCCAGCAAUCGAGCAUCCUUAGAUAUGUCAAGGGAUGAGGCUGAGAAGCCAACUGCUUCCAAAAGACUAGAAACGAGCCUAGAUACUAUUUCUCGGCAUCGCCUCCACAAAUCAUCAAUGAAAGACUCAAAGAUCGCAAGCAAAAACAAACAUGUUUCACCGGUCUCAAUUACCUCCUCUAAGACCGAUUCAAGCAUGCCAUUGAGAAAGGCCCUUGACGCUAUUCCUGACCCCCCAUACUACAAACCAUCAUCACUGCAGGACUGGCCGGCUACAGAUAGCGUUUGUACGAAGCCUUUAAUGCUUUCACAAGAUAUCCAUUCCUCCAAAGGCACCGUAGCACUCGCCGAGCUUUCCGCCUCUAUUAAACUCAUGGAAACAUCACGCGUCGAACCACAAAAGCCUCAAUUCCUUCCCCUGGAAGACCCAGGUCAUAGUAGUGGACUGCAAACGGUUCCUAGCAUCGAGGACGACAGUGACUGUGCUAAGGUGCGCAUGCGUCUUAACUCCAAUCUGAACAACGAUCAAACACCCUUCAAGAAGAUCGUAAAUCCGCUUGGUGGGAGAGUCCGUCAAGUUCGUUUUAACGAUAGUCUCGCCCACCAUGUACUUGUACAUGGUGCCUCGAUUCAUAGCAAUGAUUCAAUUCUUUCCGAUAGUUACGGCCAAGAUGACAUGGUAACACCAGUCAGCACCAACGAGCAGUCUAGCGGUGUUAUACCAGCAGAGGUCUAUGCAAGCGAGAUAAAAGAUAGAGAUGAGAGCCCUCAGGAUCGUGAGCCAUCGGUUGCUUACACGGGGCAUUCAGGACGGAGCCAGUCUUCUGAAUCUAUCAUGAAUAUGUGGAAUAGUAAUUGGCUCAAGCGACUGCCAGCCAUAGAAAGAUCGGACAGUUCGCGACUCGCAGAUCGUCCCCCUCAAACCAAGUCUAUUAGAGCAGAUGAUCGACGCCCAUCAGAGCCCUUGUUAUCGAGCGGCAGAGCUCUCCAUAGGCUAUCUAUAUGGUCCAAUCUAUCUGAUAAAUCAGUUUAUGAAGAAGAUUGGCUAUCAUUCAACCGUACUUUCAACGAUCUGGAAAGGCUCCUUGACAAUGCACUUUUGCUGGCUUUGGAGGUUGCCGACCAUUCGGAAGCCACAGCUCGCAUCAAUGAUAAUCUUGCAACAGACAAAGGUAGUAACAUCAAGGAAUUGAACGAAACGGUCGUGCAUAGUACCCAUGAAAACUUCGAGGUGCUUGGAAUGAGCAGAGAAGAUACGGGCUGUCCGGUAAGGCCAGGGCGCAGUCGUGCUGCCACUUACACGAGCAUUCCAAAGCGUCCACGGCUGGUCGAUAUCGUCGAUAGCUGUUCUAGGACGGACAGAGAGCUUCAAACAAGACCUCGCAUUGGACGAAGACGAUACAACUCAUCAUCGCCACGUGCCUCACUGAGUCGGAAGCCUGGAAGACAGAGCCGAGUAGGAAAAUCAGACCCUAAACGUGAAACUGUUGUGCUAGGGGACCUUCCCAGCCCAAACAAUUUUCUCAAGCUCGAUCGCCAGAGAGAGGGUAGUCAAGAAAGUAUUACAGUUCACAAACGCUCUGUAGCUGCGAAUGUUUCAUCGGGCGUUCGAACCGGGACCGGCCUUGAUACCUUGCCGGACCAUGACAUUGCAGGCAGAAGACUACAUAAUGAGCACGCAAUCAAUUUACGAAAGAGGUCGCAUGUUAGUCUUCGAGACAUGCAAGGAUUCAAUCUUCCCAAGUCACAUGUAAGGCAACCAAUUGCGAGAGACUGGUCACCAAUUCGCAAACGUUUUGUCGCCUCUGUCGCUUGUUUGAGCACAGCUCUCAUCGGAGUGCUGCUUGGGAUAUAUACAGGUCUUGUACCGUCAAUUCAGUACUACAUCGUCGAUCAAUCGCACGUCGCUGUCCAUGGUAACACGGGCUGUUUCCUAGCGCUUGCUUUGCCCUCGUUCUUCCUCUGGCCACUACCUUUGCUUCACGGUCGCAAACCUUACAUCAUGUCAAGCCUCAUCCUUGCAAUGCCACUGCUUUUCCCACAAGCGAUUGCCGUUAGUAGUCAAAGAUUGACCAAUACUACUUCCUGGAGGGUACUACUAUUGGUCUCACGUACGUUGAUGGGGGGCUCAUUAGGGUUCGCCAGCAUGAAUUUCCACUCAAUUCUGACUGACCUGUUCGGUGCUUCAUUGAUGUGUAGGCAUCCCCAUCAAGAGGUUGUUGACCAAUUCGAUGCAAGGAGACACGGUGGUGGUAUGGGUGUGUGGCUCGGUAUCUGGACUUGGUGCUGGAUUGGAUCUCUUGGUCUGGGUUUCCUCAUCGGCGCAGCCAUCAUCGACAAACAUCCACCCGCGUGGGGAUUUUAUAUCAGCAUCAUGUUAAUCGCAGUGGUGUUGAUACUCAACGUCGUAUGCCCUGAAGUGCGGCGGUCUGCGUUUCGGCGGUCAAUUGCAGAAGUGCGAACUGGGGGAGAUAUCUCACGUCGUUUGGCCCGAGGAGAAGUCAUGAUGCACCGAAUCAAGACAGGUCCCAAGUGGUGGGGCCAGGAAGCAUAUCACGGAGUUCUUCUAUCCUUAGAGAUGCUUGAGCAACCCGGCUUCGCUGUUAUGGCUGUUUAUGUCGCGUGGAUUUAUGCACAGGUCGUCCUUGUGAUAAUUCUAUUGGGCUCGCUUGUAUCUCGAUUCUACCACUUGAGGUCGCCAUAUGUCGGUUUGCAUGUCGCCGCAAUUGCCCUUGGUGCUGUUCUUGCAAUCCCUUUCCAGAAGGCCAGCUUCUUCUCGAGAUCUCGGCACCGGGAAGGCAAUUCUAAUCGCGAGUCAAUAGGGAAAAAGGUGGUUUGGUCAUCGCAUCUCAUUCGCCGGGCCACCUUUACCAUCGCGCUACCUAUCGGUGGUGCCUGCUACACAGCUGUUUCGUCUGGGCCUCCGAUUAGUUCUGGUGCACCUGCCUUCUUUGCCCUCUGCAUGGGUUUCUUGUCCUGUCUCGCAAUUGCGGAAUGCAACGGCCUCAUCAUGGAAACUUUUGAUACAUCAGACCUGACUCCUGGUAUGGUCGGCCGCCACCGUGACCCCUUAGGCCAAGACCAGCGGAGGACUAACUACUCAUCAUUUCCAAGAGUGACAGCAGGGUUCGCGAUAAUACACUCCUUAUCGUAUAUUCUGGCAGCAGGCUCGACUGCGCUGGGUGGACAUGUAACUCGCAAACUGGGUCAGCAAAUCGCUACAAGUAUUGUGGCCGGGAUCCUUUUCGUGUUAACCGUUCUGUUACUGCUUGUUCUCAUACGGUUCAAGAACGUGCUCAUUAUACCUCGUUCAAAGUCGGAGGAGAUGGAGAAGAUUACCCAAGCCCGUCGGAGAUCUACAAAACGUCGGGCCUCCAUGCCAAAUGACCCGCGAGCAAUAAUGGAAGAGGAUUAUGCCUGGCGGCCGGCGAUGACAGGAAACCCAGUAGGCAAAAAUCGUCGGAUGAACGUAUUGGAAAUGGGGAACCUGACAAGAUGGCAAGACAUUCGAAGAAGAAAUAAACUCAUAGAUGCAGGAGUGCAUCUUAACCGCGACACAGUGGACCAUGGGCUAGAUACCCUGGAUGUUGCACUGGAAACCCAUGUUGAUGAUAUGCGACAGAAUGCACACGGAUUCUUCAGACGAGGGAGUUUGAGAAGACAUGGAAGUCGCCUCCGACGCAGCAACCAAAGCAGCGAGCAGACGUUUCAUGAUCUAGACUUGGAUACGCCUGAUCCUUUUGGUACGCCAAGUGAGUCAUCCCAGCAACCACGACAGUUUGUCGAGAGGGAGUGUGUGAUGGGUCAGACUAUCAAGGAAGAGAACAAAGACGAAAGUCAAGCUAGAUCAAGCAGCUUGGGAAAGAUUAAACUCUAA